UAAGCACUUAUAAUUUUUAGAUACAAUCAUCUGAAAGUUUGUACCUUCAAAAGUGCCUUCCUAAUUUUUCGGUAGAUGUAUUGUAGAAGUGCCAUUAGAAUUUGUGUUUAAUAUUUGUGCACAUCGUCUGUAGCAUGGUUGUAAGUAAUACUCAACCUAAUUCACUCCUAAACCUGUGUUCAUGCACAACACAACAAAACACUUGUGAUCAUCACCUAGUUAAUUCAUUUGAUAAAACCUUAAGUAUGGAAUCUCAACGUACGAUGGAACCUACGGAAGACGAAAAUCAAGACUACGAAGGUUCAGACGACGGGUCUGACGUUGUCAAAUUUAAAAAGCUUUGGUCUUUUGGAUUUUUCAAAAAUUCGUUGUUUCGGCAAAUUUGGGUGACUGUUGCCGUUUCAUGGUUGUCCAGAGCAACUGGAUACAUAGGAGGUUACACUUCUCCAGCCGGUAUCUCUCUUAAGGAGGAUUUGCAAAUAACAGAAAUGCAGUUUUCGUGGAUUUCUGGAUUCAUGCCUUUGGCUGCUCUUUUUGGGAGUUUCUUGGGUGGUUUCUUAAUCGAUCGUUGUGGGAGACGCUUGACCCUUUUGAUCAGCGACAUUCUUUUUUUGGUCAGUUGGAUCUUAAACUUCUUCGCUCAAGAAUAUUGGCAUUUGUACAUAAGUAGAAGUAUCUCGGGCUGCGGCGUUGGAAUCGCCUCUCUGACGCUUCCCAUUUACUUGGGCGAAAUACUGCAGCCUAAAUAUCGGGGAAUGUUGGGUCUUCUACCCACUACUUUUGGCAACAUUGGGAUUCUAAUAUGUUUUUCGAUGGGAAUUGUCUUCGAAUGGAAGGGAAUCGCGGGAAUUGGGGCGUUGCUAACAGUGUCAUUUUUACUCGCUUAUUGGUUUAUACCAGAAACGCCCCAUUGGUAUUUCAUGAAGAAAAGACCCAUCAUGUCAAGCAAGGCUCUCGCAUGGUUGCAGGGAAAUAGCGAGCAAGAUGCCUUUAAAAAAGAGGCCGAAGAAUUGCUCACAUUGAAAGAAACGUCGAAUGAGGAAGAAAACAACCUAACAGAUUUAUUCAGAAAACCGUACUUGACCCCUCUGCUCAUUGUUCUCGGGCUGAUGUUUUGUCAGCAAUUCAGCGGAAUUAACGUCGUUAUUUACUACUCAACGCAGAUUUUUGACGACACUGGGUCUCAUCUCGAUCCGACCAUUCAAACAAUUAUCGUGGGAGCCGUCAACUUUGCAUCAACAUUUAUCGCAGCCAUUUUUAUUGAUAAGCUUGGAAGGAAAGUCCUGUUGUACAUAUCCAGCGUUGCGAUGAUUAUGAGUUUGGCCGUUUUGGGGACUUAUUUUUACCUAAUGACUGUGCAAAAAAUGGACCUUUCGGACUACAGUUGGAUUCCACUUGCCAAUUUCAUCGUUUACGUCUUGGGGUUCUCUUUUGGUUUCGGUCCAGUUCCGUGGUUGAUGAUGGGCGAAAUUUUGCCCGUGAAAGUUCGAGGGCCUGCAGCUUCUCUAGCAACGGGAUUUAACUGGACUUGCACGUUUAUUGUAACGACGACUUUUCCACUGUUCAAGGACGUGGUUGGAGAACAUGGAGCUUUCUGGCUGUUUUGUGCCGUCUGUGUAGUAGGACUUGCCUUUACGAUACUAUUUGUGCCAGAAACGAAGGGAUACAGUUUGAAGAUAUUGAAAGAAUUUUGCGAGGUGAAGAAGUGCGAAGAAGAAGUAGUAUGAGUUCGUUAGGAAAUUUGAACUCAUCUUCAUGUUAGGUAGAAUGAUGAUUUAGUAUAAAUAUAAGAUUUGUAGAUCUGAAUAAAAUGUAUAUUUAUUUCUUUAGAAUUUUUUAUGUAAAUUUUGUUUUAUAGUUUUAAGUUACUUUCACUGUGACGCCAAAGAUAAUAAACAUUA